AUGCCUGGAAUCAGCAAAGUCUGUUGCUCAAUCCCUCCUGUUGUCUCUAAGGGCUAUCAGGCCAAGGGCGAAUACAAAACAAUCAAUGGCCUGAAGACCUACGUCACCGGUCCGGAGUCGGCCUCUAAGGCUAUCUUGGUUGUAUACGAUAUCUUCGGUUUCUUCGACCAGACCAUUCAAGGCGCCGAUAUCCUCGCAACCUCGACCGACCAAAAAUACCGCGUGUUCAUGCCCGACUUCUUUGAGGGUAGCCCUGCCGACAUCUCGUGGUACCCUCCCACCACCGACGAGCACAAGAAGAAGCUAGGCGACUUCUUCUCGACCAAGGCUGCCCCGCCCAACACCCUCUCCAAGAUCCUUAACGUCGUGGCCGAAGCUAACAAGCUGGCCCCUGGCGGCAAUUUCCAGUCCUGGUCGAUCCUGGGUUUCUGCUGGGGCGGCAAGAUCGCUGCCCUGUCCUCUGGUGCGGACAACAAGCUCUUCAAGGCGGCUGCGCAGUGCCACCCGGCGAUGGUCGAUGCCAAUGAUGCCAAGGUCGUGAAUAUCCCCAUGGCGAUGCUCGCCUCGGGAGACGAGCCUGUUCAAGACGUCAAGGACUUUGAGGCAAACUUGAAGGUCCCCAAGCAUGUCGAGACCUUCUCCACCCAGAUUCACGGCUGGAUGGCUGCGCGAUCGGAUCUGGAGAAUCCCGAGGUGCGCAAGGAGUAUGAGCGUGGUUAUAAGACCGUUCUUGAAUUCUUCCACCAGCACUCGUAA